UUUUUAUUAUGUAUAUACUUACAUUCUUAUAGUAUUAUUAACGAUAAAAAACAUUCACAUUUUUCUGUUUAUCUUGUCGUCAGGUUCAGUGACACGUAAACCAACUUAUAUUCACUUAAAAAUAUCCACUGGUUUCUUAAAACACACCUCACCAACUCAUCACUUGUCAUCAUCGACAAAUGAAGAUACUGCCUCAAGAAUUAAUGAACAAAAAAAUAUUUUAUUCGAGAAAGAUUUAAUUCUUCUACCGAAUGUAUUCAAUUCGACAACGGUAGCUACAAAUUUCGAAGCCGAUGAACAGUCUUUUGAAAUUCACUUUGAUAUUGAACAAAUUCAUUUUUCAAGUUUCAAUUCAAUUCUAUUGCAUUCAUCAGUAUUGAUAUUUAUACAUAUAAAAGAUUGUUUUACUGAAUAUCUACUCACCAAAGGAUUUGAAAUUUUAAAUAAUAAUGAUGGAUUAUUCAAAUCGACAAUGGUGCAUGCUGGUCAGAAUAACAGUAUGCUAAAGUAUUAUCAAUCGAUUCGUGUCGACUCGUUGAACACAGAUAAAAUGCAUUUACCGUUUAUAAUCACAUGUUUAAUUAUCGGUCUCACAUACAUCAUCUUGUUGACGAUAUAUGCUGUAGUCAAGAUAUGUCAUAGUUCAAAUGGAGUAGUUCGCAACGCUUCAACGAAUUACACUACAGUUGUUAGUAAAGUACAACGUGGAGGGUAUUCAUCCUUCUCGGUGUAUCCAACAAAUUUAUUGAAUGCCAAUAUACAAUCAAGCUUAACAUGUUCACAGAAAUUUUUUAUUAUGACAUAUUUAUGCUUUCGUGUAUUCUACACAUUUUUAUUCACUAUCAGUGUUGGAUUAUCAUUUGUUCUAAGCAUUGAAACAGAUGCGACAGUCGAGUUCACCUCUGCUGUAUAUAACAAUCAUUUUGUAACUAUGAAUACACUGGGUAGAUAUAGUGGAAGUUUUGAUAGCAGACUGAAUUCACCAUCAGUAAUGAGCACAAUGCCAUUGGCAACGGAUAUAGGCAAUAGAUGGCGUGGAGCUAAAGUAUGGGUAUUGGAAGCGGCUAGAAUGGAGGAUUUCGCACAAUCGGAACUAUUGAGACAAAUUCAGAAGGGGACUGGUCAAGUUUCAGACUGUGGUAAACACUAUGAAGAGCAUAGUAAACAAUUAUCCAAGGUCAUGUUGUACAUCGGUAAACAACUAAUCAGUUGGUUGAGUCAAACAAAUACGCCUAACAGUUUUACUGUAAAAAAUAGUAAUAAUCAUAUGAAUGGAAAUCCUAUUAAUUAUAAUUACAACUUCAAUAAUGCAAUCUAUGAAGAUCCAAUUACAAUGAGUAUUAGUGAAAAAGAUAAGAAUGGUAAUAAUAAUCAUGCAAAUGGUUCAGCUUGGACAUUGAAUAGUAUGAAUGUUCAAAUAUCAACUAUUGAGCAAGAAACAUGGAAUAAUUUAGAACGUAACAGUUGGCUACCGUAUUUAGAUACAGUUGAUGAUUAUUUAAGAAAGACUAGAGAUGAUUUGGAUACGAAAGUGAUCGAUUAUUGGGCACCAUAUGACCAACUAUUAGCAAAUCUUUUAAUCAAUCCAUGGAUUGCACCAGCUCGUCGAGCAUUGAAUACAUCAUGGUUACAAGAGAAACGAAUUUCAUUUAUGGAUAGAACAUAUUUUGGUUUACUCUCAAAUGAUAUAGAUUCUGAAGAUGAAAGUCAACCUUCAAAUGAUGUCUCAAUGUUGAACGGUGCCAGGGAAACUCAGUCAUUGAUGUUGUCAAAUUUUAUUGGUGUACCACAGCCAGCACACGCGCGUUUAGCUGGAACAAGAAUAUGGAAUAGUUUUCGAAAUCUGGUUCCAGGUUUACCAAGUAAAUUCUAUUACAAACUAGAGCCAAGUUCAACGUUGACAUCCUCCUCCUCUUCAUCUACAUCUUCCUCAUCAUCUCUGUCAUUAUCGUCAACCAUAAAAGCAUCAGCUCUCAACAAAGAUAGUGACUUUCAAAAGAAACCCAAGUUGUAUCAUGAUUAUCGUCAAAUGUUAUCUAAUGAAGACUGGUAUCAUAUUCCAAGUGGACAAUUAAGUUUAAAUGAUAAGCAGAGUAUUGUCGACUUCACCGACUUCAGUACACACUUCUCUGUAUUCUCAACAGCUGUGACAAAGAAAAGCGGUAAUCUCAUGUCGAGUGACACAAAUGCCUAUUUUUUAACACUUACACAAGUUCGUCUUCUGCUACUUUUAUUAGACGCUAUUAUUAUAUUAGCCAGAUGUUUUCAAACAUUUAAUUUUAUGCAUAAUAUAUGGUUUGGUGAUACUCGUUUAGUCAGUGGUAAUCAUUCACUGCAUGGUAUGAAUGAGAAUUCACAAGUUAUGAUUGAAUCAUUCGAUUCUUCUACUAUUCAGCAGCAACAACAGCACCGACAAUCUCAAUCGUUAUCUCUAACGCAGUCACAAUUACAACAACAACAGCAACAACAACACUCGACAUCUCCAAAUCAUCCAUCCAAUUGUCAUUAUCAACUUCAACAGAAUAUAAGAUCACCCAAACGGAUUCCAUUACCAGUAGGAUCUACACCAUUUCUGCAUCCUACAUCGUGUUCAUCAAGUCUACGUGAAUCUAAUCACCAUACAGUGUCAAAUGAGUUUUCAACAUCUCCAACUAGAAAUUACAAUGAAACCAUGGUUGUAAAUCAGUCAAUUCGUAUAAAUGAUUGUGAAAGAAAAUCCUCUACAGGUAUGAAUAUUAGUCAAACUAGUAAUCCGCCAACUUUACACUUUGACAACGGAACUGGACGUUUUACAGCAUGUUAUUGCUGUUUAGAUACACAUUAUCUACUAGUUAUAACUGGUAUCGGUCUAUUAUUCAUUGGACUUGUCCUUCUCUGGCUACUGAUCGACAUGUUCGACCAGGAUGGUUAUUGGCAAAAACAGGCGUAUUUGCUCGAUCACGUGCACUAGAAGAUUGUAGACAGAGAACGAAUGCUAUUUUAAAAACAAUUCAACCAAAUCAUAUCAAUAUGGAUUUGAUAAGAUCUGCUAGAAUAAAUGCAGCUCGUGAAGCUCAUUGGAUGAAUCAGUUGACUAACAGACUGACACAUGUUCAAACUCAUAUACAAUUACAAUUCAUUACAGAAUUAUGUUUAUUACAAAAAGGUUUGGCAAAUCAUUACUAUGUUUUGAAUCAACAUCAACCUCAGAACCAGCACCAACAAGCUGGACAAAUUCACCUACCAGGGACAAGUGAUACAAAAUCAAGUUUUUCAGCUUGUGAAUUAAUUGGUCCAAAUUCACAGUUUACUGAACAAGCCUUAUCCAUACUGUCCAUCUGGCGACUGGAUCCAAUGACAAAUAAACAGAUUAAGCAUACACUGAAAACACCAACAUGCCAUUUUUCACCAAUCGUUCCUGCUACUUAUGCUGAAAGUCAUCUGUCACGAUUAUUAAGAAUGACCAGUUUGAAUGAACACGAAUACCACCCGAAAAAAUUGAAACAGAAAGCUAAGAUGUCGGUUUCUACGAAUAAUCAAACUGAUUUUACUCAAACUGAUGGAAAUCAAUUAGAUUUUGAUUAUGAACAAAUAACCACAUCAAUUGGAAGUCUGUCAACAUUAAUUAAUGCUGUUUAUCGUUUAAUGUUGACCAGUUUGACAGUAAUGAUAGCAAUGGGUGGAUUGUUGGUUUGUCUUCAUAUGAUAUCAGUUUUAGCGCGUAUGAUUAUACGCAUUCCAGUGCGAAAGGUGGGUCAAAUGAAGGCGAGUAACAGAGUUUUUUUUUCAUUUUAUUGCUGUAGAAUAAUUAAUUUGUAAAUUUUGAACAAAUUUAAAAGUCUUAAGGAGUAUUCUCCUUUGCAACAAGGAACUGGGCGUGGCGUUGGAACUUUACCUCAUUGAAAACUGGUUAUAGGUAGUUGGUUACUUAGAUCUCGGUUACUCAGAACAGGUGCUUACAUGUACCACGUUAUGAGCUCUACUUCUGGGGUAAGGGCUAUUGAGAUUACUAAGUUACUCAUUCUGAAGCAGUAAAGCAGGAUACAAACAUCAUUAUCAAUGACUGAAAGUCGAGCAUGUAAGUCAAUCAGCUAUAUCUCAUAGAUGAAUAGUCAUUAUCAGCAGAGAAGUAAUUUUACAGAACAACAGCUGAAGUUACCAUAUAUCUGAGUGUCAAAUUUGUUAAAAUCAACUCCAGACUGUUUAUCCUUCACUCUGUUUGUUGUUUUAACUUGCAGUUAUC